AAAGCUUUGAACAUGUUCUUGGACAGAUAGAAACUAGUGCGCCUCUUAUUGUUUUGUUUUUUUAAAUAAUAAUUAAAAAUUGCUACUAAAAUAUUUAGUACUAAAUUCUAAGCCCAAGAGCUGCUCGGACAGAUCGAUAAUGAGUGUUUUGGCAGUGUUGGCUGGAAGUUAGUCUAGCCUGUUGACUGCAGUAGACUGUGGUCAUGUCGGUCAGACGGGCUCUAGUGGACUGUGCUGUUCUCUCUCUACACGACAACACAGUACUUUAUCCCGCCUGUAAAGGCUGCUUCUCCAGGAUCAACGCGGAGCAGCAGAAUGGAAGCAGUUACAGGUGUUCCAGGUGUGGGUUCCAUUGUGUCAGAGAACAGCUGGAGUACAGGUAUCGGCUCUCGCUCAGAGUGACCCGGGGCAGACGGAUCUUUGGAGUGACUGUGUUUGGAACCUGCUUGAACUCAUUCUUUGGCAUUUCUGCAAGUGGACUGCAGAGGCUGGUGGAGAACGUGGAUGGACCAGUUGCAGCACCAACCAAAGCUGAACUGCUGCUGAAGGCUGUGAAGGAGUGUGUUAUCGGUAGACAUUUCAUCUUUGGUAUAAAGUUUCCAGGAACAGAAGGUGGGCUCAGCUUUGAAGAACCGGACCCCGGUACAGACAGAGUCCAGUUUGUGGCCACUCAGAUGAUUCUUCCACCAGCUGCAGGUCUGAGGGGCUGCACGGUGGUCCGCUUUUAUCAGCUGCUCCUGCACAGAGCUGCAGAAGACCCGGAGAGAUCCACUGACACGCUCCAAACACACACACCCUCAGAGGAUGUUCUACUGGUUUCCCCUCAUUCUCCAACCACAAGCUCCAGCAACUCCACACUUCACACCUCAGCCCUGGCCUCACUGUCACUGCCUGGAUUCCAAGGCAGCCUCCCCCCAACUCCCCCGUGGCAACGGUCACUGGGACUGGUGACUUCAUCUGCAGAGCAGGAUGAAGGCCUCAGCAGCAGCAGUGAUGAUGAUGAGGGGGAGAAUGAAGGUCACAGCAGCCAACAGUCGGUCAUGACAUCAUCAGCUCUUCAUCAUCAGAACCAUAGUCUGGUUCUUCCCACCAGACGAUUCUGUGGAACCAGUGUGUCCACGCCGCUGCCGUCCUCCGACCUCCCGUCUCCCAACCUGCCGUCCUCCGACCUGCUGUCGUCCGACCUGCCAUUCUCUGAGGCGCUGACAGAGUUUUUAGGCAACAAAGAGAUUUUUUAUAAACAGAACAAGACCAAAAAAGUAAGAACAGAACAAGGAGAACAAUCACAGGAGGAGAACGUCUGGACUGGAACCACGUGUGUCCAGCUGUCACAGCGUGGACACACACUGGAGUGUGUGUGUGAGGGGGAGUGUGUUGACCACAGAAGAGAGAACAGUUCAGUGGAUGAGAACAGCUAUGACUGUUCUGCAGACAUGUUCUGUUCUCCUCUGUUGACGGACAACAACCAACAAACUGCGGGAACGUCAGAACCACUUCAGCUCAGGGGUCAAAGUGUCAACGUGUUGUUGUCAACUCCACAUAUAUUUAAAAGGAAAAGAACCAAGUCCUGCUGCUCACACCUGGACUUCUCCCCUCAGGUCCAGUCAACCCCGGUUCUAAAAGUCAACUUUGGCUUUGGUUCUCCUGCUGUUGGACCUUCGUCCAGCAGGAGGGUGCUGUCUUCAUAUAACAGAGGGUACAAACGUGUCUCCAGUGGGGUGCUGCUUCCUCUGACCAGCAGGAGGGGCUCUGUUCUGAGAACACAGUCGGGACGUCACCUUCAUUGUAGAAGAACUCUUCUGACCCGUCGGUCCACGUCUCCCGGAGCGUCCGGUACGACAGGCUGCGGAGCAACGUCAGCCGAACAGAGUCUGGACAGAACUGAUGAUGAGAAGGCGACGUGUGAUUGGUCUAGAGAUCUGUUUUCUGACUUCGAGUGACAGGAUGUCAAAGGUCAGAGCUGCAGGUGUGACCCAGUGACAUCACACCAGCACCUGUGCUGUGUUUACUGGAGUAAAUAAACAGAUGCUACGGCAAAAAGUCCAAA